UCCUCUCUCAAAGCCCACCCUUGUGAGUAGCGUUUUACGCACAGGUGGGAGAUACCCGCUCGGCAUAGGACAGCCCCCCAUCUCUGAUGAUGUGAGGAAGUGACAUUUCUCACUGCUGCGGUUCGGGACAGCACGGCUCCUCUGCAAACAGGUGUUCCGCUCUCCGGGUCACUUUUCUUUUCUUUUUUUUUUUUUUUUUGUGUUGGUAACCUGGAUCCGACGAGGAGCUAAAGCGUCCCAAAUCCCCGAAUCGAGCCUAUCCCGGACACGGGACAGCGUGGACCAGAGAGGAGGAAGGGGAAAGCAAACCCCCGUGCAAGUGUGAUCUUUAUUAGCUGGGGCUGUUUGCACGGGCUGAGACAGAGGAAGAGGAAGAGGGAGAGAGGGGGAGCGAUGGCAACGAAAAAGGCGUGCGUGGAUGCGCCCAAGAGGAGCCGGAGUCCGGUCGUGUUGGAGGCGGAGAUGUUCAGAGAAUUUCAGGACUGGUGCCUCCGAACUUAUGGAGACUCCGGUAAAACAAAGACCGUCACGCGGAGAAAAUACAACAAAAUCAUGCAGACACUGUUGCAGAACGACGAGUCGGACGGCGUGUAUGUCGACAACAGCCACAUCAACGCCAAAUUCAAAUUCUGGGUGAAGUCGAAAGGAUUUCAGGUCGGGACCAACGUGCUGGGGGAGCACAACAAGAAAGGAGCACCAGGGAAACCCGUCCUAUAUGUCCCGGUCAAGUCAACGUGUUCAGAUGGGAACUCGGCCCAAGAAAAUUCCUCUCUGAAGCGCGUGGCCGUUGUUGAAGACUUCUUUGACAUCAUCUAUGCCAUGCAUGUGGAGAUGGGUGCCGACCCAGGCAGAGCACCCAAACACGCAGGCCAAAAGAAGACCUACAAAGCGAUAGCAGAGACCUAUGCCUUCCUGCCCAGGGAGGCGGUGACUCGGUUCCUAAUGAGCUGCGGAGAGUGUCAGAAGAGGAUGCACAUUAACCCCAGCACCGCGGAGUUCAAAGAAAACGACAGGCCCACUUCCCUGGUCCCAGACCUGAUCGAUUACAACAUGCCUCUUACUGCCACCUACCUGAAGCAGAUGAAACUGCAGUGCAUGACUGCCACUGAGAGGGAUGACAGUUCGGUGAGCAGCGAGGACAUGAGCAGCGCUGAGCCCGCAUGGGUGGCAGCUGAGCAGCCGGCAGUGCCUGAGCCCAGCCCGCCCAACGGAGAGAGGGUCAGCAACCCGCCAGCCACCAUAAAAGAAGAGGACGGUAAAGAUGACGACUCCUCGGAGAGCGGCAGCGCCAAUGAGGUGCCGGCCCUGACCUCCCCGGAGGUGCUGGCGGUGGGUGGGAACCCCCCAGAUGGCGGGGCCUCCUACGGGGAGGUGUCAGAGAACGGGCUGAGCGCUCCUCUGGACUUCAGCACCACCUCGUCCUCGUCCUCCUCCGAGGACCAGCAGCCCGUCAAUCUGAGCGAGAGAGCUCUGCCGGCCGGGGGCUCGCCGCCCAACCCGUACCCCACAGACCCCAGCAGGAAAUACCCCGUCAAGACAGAGUUCCCACACAAGUCCCCUCCUUAUAGCUCGGGAAGCUAUGACUCCGUGAAAACUGAGCUGAGCAUGAGUGUGGAAGACUUGACCUCCGGUCGGGCACAGAUAAUUGAUGAUGACGAUGACGAUCACGAUGAUCAUGAUGAUAGUGACAAGAUCAACGAUGCUGAGGGGAUGGACCCUGAGAGACUUAAAGCCUUCAAUAUGUUUGUGCGCCUGUUCGUGGAUGAGAAUCUGGACCGCAUGGUGCCCAUCUCCAAACAGCCCAAAGAGAAGAUCCAGGCCAUCAUCGAGUCCUGUAGCCGCCAGUUCCCAGAGUUCCAGGAGCGCUCGCGCAAGCGCAUCCGCACCUACCUCAAAUCCUGCCGUCGCAUGAAAAAAGGUGGUUUUGAGAUCCGGCCGACGCCUCCUCACCUCACCUCUGCCAUGGCUGAGAACAUCCUCGCCGCCGCCUGCGAGAGCGAAACCCGGAAUGCUGCCAAGAGGAUGCGCCUCGAUGUCUACCAAACUACGGACGAGCCCAUCUCCAUCGAUAAACCCAUCACGAGGGACAUGGCCCCGGUGGCACCGUCAGGGUUCACCAUUUCCAGUGCAGCUUUUGCCCAAGACCAGCUCUACACCAACGGAGGCCUCAACUACAACCUGCGUGGCUACGGGACGGUGGGCAACCAGCAGAGCUCCGGGGCUGCACAAACCAACGGUCCCACAGACCUGAGCAUGAAGUCAGUCGGACUAAACUCCUCCAGCUCCAACAGUCACGGUCAGGGAGGCGGCGGCGGCGGAGCCUCGGCCCAGCUAAGCCCGCCGGAGGUCACGGCGGUGAGGCAGCUCAUCGCAGGGUACCGGGAGUCGGCCGCCUUCCUGCUCCGCUCGGCGGACGAGCUGGAGAACCUGAUCCUGCAGCAGAACUGAGCCGUACUGUGCCAACACCCUCCUCCCCCAGCCUGUCCAUCUCUGUCGCUCUGUGGCACACACGUCUGGCAGACUCUCACACACAACGACACAAUUGUACACGAGUGAUGCUUCGGUGCACAGUGGGCCCUGUUAGGUAUGGUACCUUUACUUACUCCCACACGAUUAUCUAUUUGGACAGGCCAAAACAUAUCACGGGCUGAAAAAUGUUUUUUUAUGCAUUUGGUUCACUUUGACCGUAGUGCCCUGUUUUGUGUAGCUGUUCAUCCAACUCACUUCAUUUUUGCCACCAGAACCUCCAUUUGUCUCAGGAAGUGAUGAUCUAUGUGAAGAAAAAAAAAAAAAGAAAAGAAAAGAUGUGCAUUGGUACGGAGAGUGAUGGGUUGAACUAUCUAAACCACUAACACCAAAUCCGCUUGUUUGUGCAGAUCUGUGGACAAAUGAAUAGUUGAAUAGCAGUGAAUUAGCACCAUUACUUCUUUCUAUUUUUACACUAAACUUAAAUGUGCUGUGCAGUGGCAUGAUAUGAUCGGGUCGUCAGAAUCAAGUCAUUUCGUAAUCCACAGAAGAAUCGCUGCUAAAAGACGUGGCAGCCUGCCACUGACCUUGUAACCUCAACAGCUACUGUCGGUUGUGCUGACUUUAAUAGAAGGAAACGGGAAAAAAAACACAAAAAAAAAAUAUAAAAAACACGAAUUAAAUAAAAAGAGAGAAAAGAAAAUAGCAACAUGACAAGUGUUUGACACUUUUUAUUUCCAAAAUCUGACCAGAGACACAGAUCCAUCUAUGUGGUCACAAUUGGGUUUUGUUGGAGUGCUCUGUAUGAAGCUCAUUAGCCAGCGUAACUUUAUUUUAAGUGGUUGUGUGUGUGUGUGUGUGUGUGUGUGUGUGUGUGUGUGUGUGUGUGUCUAUGUGAAUCUCUCCGUGGCACGCAGUUUGUCAUUAUACAACAGGGACGAAGAAGUUUAGAAGCCUUGAUAUGCAAAUUAGGAUCACAGGCACCUGUCAGAGAAAAGAAAUGGAGAUGAAUAUAUCGUUUAGACUCUCGGUUUAGAAGCAGUUCUACUGGAAAAGGGUGCAAUAUUGAGGAUAAUCAGUAAUGGUUACUUAAAGGAAAGGCAUAUUAAGAGGGUCAUUAUUCACCGCAAUCUGUUGCUGUGACAGUAGUUUUCAAAAAAAAAAAGGAAAAAGAUUAUCCCGUGCAGCAUUGUAGCCAGUUUCAAUGUUGUUGUGAGCGCCGGGCCUCGUGACUGAGGCCCCUCGCGUGUUUUUGGGGAUCGGUCAUUAGCUGUGACGAAGACAAAGUGAGACCUGGGAGAAGAAAAAAAAAAACGUCUUAAUGUUGCAUGUUCUUUUUCGGUUUGGCGGGUUGUUUUUGUGAAUGAAGUGUUUUGUGACUUUACUUCAGUAAGAAGGGGCUCAUUCAGACGAGAUCAGAGGAUGCAACUCAUUGGAUGCAGUGCACGAGUGGGACGAUUAGACAUCAUACACUCUGUCUGUCUGUCUGUCUGUCUGUCUGUCUGUCCAUCCUUCCGUCUGUACGGCUCCUGCCAUCAGCGGUUUCAAACUAAAAUACAGCUCAUUUUCCUCGUCAUGCCUGAACACACACUAGUUCGAAGGAAGCAAGAGACAAUCUUUGGAAAAGAUGUAAUCACAGUUUACUCUCCCAGCUUUCUACUAUGGUGUGUGUGUGUCUGCGUGUGUGUCUGCGUGUGUGUAUGUGUGUGUGUGUGUGUGUGUGUGAGGUCUUAGGACACACGAGUUCUCAAAGCAGAUCUAGAGCACAGUUUCACAACUUCUACUGGUGAGUCACUCAGCACAAAAACAGUUGUGCGUGCGUGUGUGUGUGUGUGUGCGUGUGUGUGUUUUGAGAUAAUUUCUGUUUUGGUUGUCGGUGUAAGUCCUGGGUGUUAGCCGUGUGCUCAUUUUGUGUUGCGCGUAAGUGGAGUGACCCAGUUUGUACGACAUAAAUCUGUGAACAUUCAGUUCAGUUGGCUGAAAAACAUUCCAAACGAUGACAAUGACUCUUCAAGCAGCCCAAAGCGGCUUGCACCUUACUGACUUUGUCAAAGUUUAGAGAGAUGUACUUAUCACAAACCUCAUCACAUGCGUCAUUUAUGUCUAUUUCACUGACAUCCACCCGUUUCUCUCCACCACACACACUAAAGGACCAUUUCAUCUUUCAUCUCCACUCCAUGACCGGGCUGUGUAACACUCACCUUUAAAUUCUAUGACCUAUUGCAAGUUUGGAAGCACUUUAUAGCUCAGGAUCAAGGUAACAUUACACAGUUAUUUUAAUGUGUCUUUACCUCAUUAGGAAUAUCUGCUUCACUUAACACAUCGAGAGAUGAUUAUCACAAAAGACAGUUUGACACAGCUCAUAAUCAGAGGCUAUUUUGAUGUUGAAACGAUAGCGAACAGCUCCUUAGAAGCUCAGUUUGAGCUCAUCGUUGUGGAUGCGGCAUGGAGGGGUGUUUCAUAACGGGGGUUCCCAGAACCAAGGCUUACAGCCACAAGUCUGUCUUCAAUUACACCUCACUUCCACAAACUUCUCCUGACUUCCUCAUGUUUAGGCGAUCUCCCCCAGCGUUCAGCACAGGUGAAUGUUGUUCAGGUACACGGAAACCUCUCUUCCUCGCUUGAACGCUUUAGUUUGCUUAAUGCAGGCCAUUAAUUUCACGCUUCUUGGUACGAUAACAGGUGCAUCUUCCUCACCUGAUUGUUAAAAGUUGCUCACUGCAUCAGUUUUGGCAUAAAUAUCUAAUCUGGAGUUGAAUCAUAUUAAUCACUUCAGUACUUUUCCCAGUGAGGUUCUUACCUACUGUAUUUACCUUGUUAAUUUAAGGUGGUGACAUUUUUUUUCUAUUUUUUUUUUUUUGGCCAGGCAGUGUAGAUUUAUAGCCAGCAGCACACCAUUAGUCAGCUAGUUGUAUCAAUUAUAUUUCAUAUUUAGGAAGUUAGUAUGCACACAUCAGUUUCCUAUACCCGUUUUAUCAUGCGCACCCACGUUUUUCCCAGAAUCCAUCAUCUAAAUCUGAAGCUCCUCUCAUUACUGUUGAGUCUUGAAUUAAGUUUCAGCACCAAACAGGAAACAAAAGUGGGUGUCAUGGAGCUAAAUGAGCAAAUACUUCCCAGUUUUGAGCUAAACCGGGGUAAAUACUUUACCCACAAUGUACUGUAUCCGGUCAGAUUUCUGAAGGUUUCUGAGUUAAGCGUUAGAGCGUCGCUCUACUGGACUAAGGGGGCCGCUCCUGAACUGUAAUAACGUGUAACAUUUGCCUGUUUCCAGUCUAGUGGCUAGUUGAGUACACAUGGGACGUGGAGCAGCUGCUUCAUGCUUCAUCAUUUCUGACCAAUAGGCUCACGAGUAGGGGGUCCUCAAAGAGACGGGCGCUAAAGAGAAGAGUGCCAGACAGAAAAUGUCAAGAUGUGAUGCAGCUUUGUACACGAUGAAAAGAACAAGGUUAUUUCUGAUUUUUCAAUGAUGUCAACCUAGACCCCCAACAAGUGGUCUUACCGAGAAUAAAAGAUGCUCUUUAAACCUUCUUGCAGACAUAAGUAAAGUUGCCUGAUCCUGCUUUAUGAAAUACCCCUCUGUGCUCGACAGAUGAGUCCUCACACGUCUUCCUCAUCUCCUCCGGUCCGCUCGUUUGUUGCCAUGGCCACAGUUGAUCCUUUUCACUCCGCGUUGAACUCGGUGACCGCCAUGUUAAAAAUAAUCCUCACAACCAAACAUUUUGCUCGCUGAUCGGUAUAAUUGUCUACGCUGAGCUAAGUUUUAGCCGUGUGCUGGAGUUACUGUGAUCAACGACAACCACUUGUUGUCAUGUUGUUGUUUUGUUUUGUUUUUCUAAUGAUGCCCAAUGAAUCUUCUCUUUGUAUUGACUGGACAAUGUAAUCUCUUGGUGUUGAUUAAAAUGCCCUGGUAGCUUGUGGAUUGCUAAAGUGGUCAGAUAAAUGUACUCUAUAGCUGUACAAAGAGUGAUAAAAAUGUUUUAAAUCUUUCUCUUUUUUUUUUCUGUGGGUACAGCACUGUUAAAAAAAUCAAAGUGGUUUUAGCCCUUGCCUGUUUAACUUAUCAUUUUGUGAUGGUCUGUAUUACUUCUAUUGUUAUUUAUAUUAUUUGAAUUGUUGCCUCUCCUGCACCGAUAAGAGACUGUAGCUCUGUGCAGGGGCUUGUACUGUAAACCUGUGUGAAGCUUUGUAUUUUCCCCUUUGGUUUUGGACUCAGUGAAAGUGUGAUGUUUACAUGUACAGUUUUUCAGAAUACUUUGCAUUGUUUUGUUUUUUGCAUUUAAUUCAGAUAAUUUAUUUUCCUCAUCCGUUCCCCUGAUCUGUGUACAUUUACCUAGGUAUUUUUGCUUUUGUUGCUUCAUUGCAUCAAGUGCAGGCGUGACCUCUUUGACUGCUCGGUCACACGGCCGGAGUGACAUCUGGCCGUGGUUCGGCUCGGCGUUGUGGUGGCUUCCAGAUUUUUAAAAAGGUAAAAAUUAAGAAAAGGGAGCGUCACAACUUCUCAAAGUGGACCAAGAAAGAUUUAUUGCAGAUUAAGAUGACCUUACUCAACUGUUUGAAAAUACUGUUACGGCCUACACGGAGAAUGAUGGGGCUGAGGUACACAUAUUAAACUACAUUAAGUGCUCAUAAUUUGUCGGCAUCCUGGCUGUCUCGUCAGGGAAAGCUCCCUGUCAUUAACCCGACCGGUGGCCUCAAAGGUACACUUUGACCUGUUGUAAUAUCUCCUUGGUAACAUAAAAGCCAUUCCCCUCUCCUGGCCUUUUAAGGGGAACCCAUAAACCUCAGGAAGUACUGAAUCUCCAAGUUUAGUUUUAUCCACUAAUUUCUUCUUAAAUGGGAUUUAAGUCUCUAAUGAAAACCAUUAACAUUUAUAUGAGAUGUCUAUUGUUUUGUACAUUAAUCAUUGUGACUUUAAAGUGGAGCUUUUUCCAGUACCUGUGACUUAAUAUUUUGAUUUUUUUUUUUCCUUUGGAGUGUUUAUAGGUAUGGAUAUGUAUUAUUAUAUGUGAAACUACAAAAAGACAAAAGAAAAGGUUGAACCUGUUUCAUUUGUAUGUUUCAUGCAAAACUGUCCAGGUGAGAUUCUCUCUGCCUCUUACAUAUCACUAAUGAGGGACCUGUGUUUGUUUGGAAAUAGCGCUUUUUCAGUGUUGCAUCAACGCUAUGGAAAAAAAAAAUCAUUAAAAAAAAAAACAAAAGGAAAAAAAAAAACAGUGGUUUACCAACAGCAGAGUUGCAAGGCUCUCCUCUUCUCCUGAGAUGUCAGUAAUUGAAUAAAAUAGUGCG